AUAGGGGGCGUGGGCGGGCCUCCAGCGAGAGGCGGGAAGCCAGCCGGGUAGCUGGGGUCGUCUAAAACGGGAUGAGAAGAGGGACUCGGGAAAACGGAGUUAAGAUAACAAGGAGGGAAAAAAAGAGACUUAGAAGCAGGAAUUAGAUAAAGCAGGCCGGGCGAUCUUGGGUAACAGCUGGCCACUGUGGAGAGAGAACAUUUCUCUAAAUGAACGAUCAGUCACCUGGGACGGAACAGGUUGCAGAGCAGAGACAUCUUAGGGACCCACCAACACCUUCACUUCGAGUAGUAGGACACAAGUCAGACAAAACAUUACCGCUGGGGUUGAGGACUUCCUAGCAUUUUCCUGUUCAAUGGAAAGCUGUGUUUUGAGCUACAUCACCUAUAAGAGGAUUGCGGCUAGUCAGAUAGCGCUGGUGUCUUUCCCAAGCCCAUGAGAACCUCAAGUUGUGCCGGGCAUUUAUCCAAAUGUAUUGUUGGGGCAUCGCUUGAAAACAUUGGAGAAGAAGAGGAGGAGAAUGAGGAGGAGGAAAAUGAAAUUAAUUCAUCUGCUGAAGUUUCUAGUGAGCCAAAGGAGGGAACCUACCAAAUAGUGGGUACCCUUUCUAAACCAGAGAGUGUCAAACCAUAUUUUGCAGAGGAAAUAUUUGCAAUUCUAACUAUUUGUUUCCCCCAGAACUCUUCACGAGAAGAGCUCUUAAGUCACCUGCUCGAGUGUGAGAUUAUAUUAUACAACAUCACUGAGGAUGCAAAUCAGAUUGAAGAAGCAACAUGGGCUGCUUCUGCCCUACACAUGGAAAUAGAGCAUUUUGCAACACCAAAAUUAUUCAUCCUCAUUUCAACAAUUAUGAGCUGGGCAAAGAGCAAACCCCCUGACCCUGAAGAUCCUGAGAUCCCGUUUACUGAUGAAGAUUAUCGCAAAAGAAAAGCUCAUCCUAACUUUGUGGAUCACAUAAAUGCUGAAAAACUGGUUCUCAAACUUGGGAAAACUAACAAACAUAAAUUUUCAACUUACAUUGUUGCCUCAGGACAUCAAUAUGGAGCUGAGGAAGGAGUCUUGCACUACUUUUUUAAGACAGGUUGGCUUAGUGAGGCUCCUACAUUACCUGUUUUUGGAGAUGGAAACAAUUUCAUUCCAACAAUUCAUGUUGUUGAUUUAGCAGCAGUGGUCCAAAAUAUAGCAGACCGCAGACCAAAAUCUCACUAUGUACUUGCAGUAGAUGCAUCUAUGCACACCCUUCAAGAAUUAAUCCAGUGCAUCAGUAAAAAUGUUGGACCAGGAAAAAUUGAGAAUAUUCCAAAAGAAAAUGCAUUCCUGAGUAAAGAGUUAACACAAAUGCAUUUGGACAUGUUGCUUGUGAAUCUGCGAAUGGAAUCUAUGUUUCUGAAUGAGAUUUUCAACAUUAAGUGGGUUUCUCAGGCAGGACUGGUGGAGAACAUUGAACAAAUUGUCAAGGAAUACAAGCAAAGUCGGGGAUUACUGCCUCUUAAAAUUUACAUUCAUGGUCCUCCUGGGGUUGGCAAAUCUACCAUCGCUGAAGAGCUCUGCAAGCACUACAAACUACAUCACAUUAAGAUAAAUGAUGUGAUUUCUGAAACAAUAGCAAAUCUGGAGAGAAUUGUGGCUCCCAAAGAAACAGACUCUGACCAUGUGGAAGAACAGGGGGAAAAUAAUGAAGAGGAGGAGGGUAUAAAUGUAAAAGCAGCACAUGAGUUAUUAGCUACAGUAAAAGAAAGCAUGAAGGAGAAUGCAGGUCAUCUAGAAGAUCAGUACAUUGUUCAAUUUAUAAAGGAUAAGCUAAAAUCUAUGCCUUGUAGGAAUCAGGGGUAUGUUUUAGAUGGGUUUCCGGAGACCUAUGAGCAGGCAAAAGAUCUUUUUAACUUGGAAAAUGAAGACAUUAAAAGAAAAAUACCUAAAUUUGACAAAUUAAUCAUACCUGAAUUUGUUAUUUCUUUGACUGCAUCUGAUGAAUUCCUUAUAAACAGAAUAAUAAAUCUGCCAGAGAGAAUUGUUGCUGGAACUCAUUACACCCAGGACCAGUUUUUGCCAUCUCUGAGCCUCUUCAGAGAGUUUAACACAGAUGAUACAACUGUUCUCAACUAUUUUGAUGAACUUGAAAUACAUCCUCAGAUCAUUGAUGUAGCCAAACUUGAAGAUCCCGAAAACAGAUUUAUUCUGAAAGAGAUAAUCAAAGAAAUUGGAGAACCUCGGAAUUAUGGUUUGACAGAUGAAGAAAAGGAGCAAUUGGAACACAAGGCAGCUGAAGAACGCAUUGUCAAAGAAGCUCAAGAAAAAGCUGAACGAGAGCGUGAAGAAGCUAAAGAAAGAGCUGAAAGAAUGGCAAAAUGGGAAGAGUGGAAUAAAAAUCUGGAGGAAGUGAAAAGACAAGAACAAGAGUUAUUGGAGGCCCAGUCCAUUCCACUACGUAACUAUUUAAUGAAGAAUGUCAUGCCAACACUUAUGCAAGGGAUAAAUGAAUGCUGUAGGAUCAGACCAGAUGAUCCUGUCGAUUUUCUGGCAGAAUUUCUCUUCAAGAACAGUCCUGGUACUGAAUGAGAUGUUAAAUACUAAAAGCUGCAGAAAUUGUGAAAGGAAGAAUAUUCUCAAUACAUUUAAAAUAAAUUAGCUUCAGAAUUUUUGUUCAGGCUUUCUA